AUGGGCAAGCGCGGCAGGAUGUCCGGGGGGGAGCGGCGUCUCGCAGAUGACCUCGACAGGAUGGACUCGGACCUCGAGAGCAGCGUUCCACCUUCCAUUGCUCGUCACUCGCGCACCGGGAUGGUCGGCGAGCACAUGCGCCAGGGUGGGGACCCCGAUGGCAGGACGUGCAUCAUCUGUGGCGUGUGCGACACGGACAACGACCCCGUCGACUUGGAGUUCGACGUUGCUCAGCCGAUGAGUUGGCGCCGCCCCGCCACGCCGGACGGAAAGCAAGAAGGGCGUGGAUGCUACUACUGCUUCGCAGUCUUCAGGGCCAGGUACAAGAUCAAAGGCCAGAAUUUCUCUUUCGCCAAGCUUCCCGAAGUGCUGAGAUCAAACGGAGUCCAAUUCGACAAGUUCAUGGGCUACCGCAAGACGCUCAUUGACAAUCGCGUUAUCUCGUUUGUGACUGUCAAGGCCACCGAAGUGAUUGAGCCAGGCGAUCUUCUCUGGGACUAUGAGCACUACGUGGCGGAAAAAGGCGACCCGGCGACCAACGGCCUCGGACGCGUUGUGACCUACGAGCACGGCAAGAAAGAAGUCAAGGUGCCCUCCGCGCCGAUCCGUCGGGUCAGACGGAAGACUGGCCAGAUCGUGGAGGACAGGAGGGAAGUCCACAAUGGCGACGCCGACGCGGAGAUGUACGACGGCCAGGGCGAUGAGAUGCUUCAGGAGUUGAUGCAAAUGAUCGAGCUCCCUCGUGCCGCGGGCGAAUACCAGCGCCCGGGCGUUUCUUCCGUUCCUGCUUCAAGUUCGACCGACCGUCUUGUGUGCAUGCCGGCCGUCGACCCCACGGUGGCGGCUUCUGAUUCGCGCGGCAACUUUGGAGGGCUGUCCAUUGGCUUCGCACGCUCAGACCCUGGGCCCUCGCAGGUCGCUGCAAGGGCCGGCGCGAGGACUCAACCUGGUCGCAGACAGACAGCAGGCCGCGGGAAGAACACGCAGCAGGCGCCGGAUGCGCCGCCUGCAAACCCACCUGGAGGCAGGACUGGGCCAAAGCGGCGAAACAUAUGCUCGACUGCAGAGUCGCUGUGCAAAGACUUCUUCGAGGCAGGGGCAACCGACGAACUGUUUUUCGGCAAGAGCUGGGAGCACCACGCCCGGUACUGCAAGCGCGUGUAUGACGACAUCGAGGCGCGGAUCGCUUCGCUCAAGUCAGAGCCCGCCUCGGAUGACCAGGCGUCUGAGCUCUCAUCCUUGCAGAUGCGGGUCAAGAAGGUAUCCUCUUUGCGAGCUUUGUGCGGGCAAAUGAACCUCACUGGCGUCGAAAGUGCGAAGUUCUCUGAGGUGUACGACAGCCAGAUCGCGAUUCUUGCGUUGGUACCCACUUGCGAUAUUGAGAGCUUCAUGCCAGACCACCUGCGGCAGAGUCGAUUCAACCAGCGCGUGUCGUCGACAGCUGAUGCAGAUGCCUUCUGGUCGCUCGUGGCGGUCGACUCGAUCACGAAGACGGGGCGUUACCAGACCUCGGAGGCCGUCGAGAAGCAGCGCGCCUUCGUCACCGAGCGUCUCCUUUCGAUUGCCAAGCAGCCCGACAUUGAGACGACGCUGCAGGCAUUCUGCCCCUCGCAGCCCGAGAAGUUCGACUGGCAGACCCGACUUCCGGACCUAGUCAGCGACCUUGUUGCAGUUGCAGCCGUUGCCCGCCACGACGAGCUCCGUUGUCACGGCGAAGCAGUGCGGGCGUACAUCGAGAUCAUCUGCGUCAAGCAGGGCCCGUAUUCUCGGACCGUGCUGCUCACCCCUGCUUUGGAGGUCACUGGGCUUGACCACUUGAAGGAGGCCGUCGACUCGAUCGGCAUGCCGACUUCCAUGGCGGCGAUCAUCAUCUCAUGUAAUCGAGGCAAGGUGCUUUUCAACAGCGCUUCGCUGACCCUUCGAAAGAUGACGCGCUACACCAAACACUGCGACACGCUGACCAACACCUUCGAGAGCAGCCUGCUCGCGAUCAGCGGCGGCGACUUCGCGGCCCUGCGCGGUUUCGCGACCACCAUGUCUGAGAUCUUCCUUGACGUGGGAUCAUGCCCUCGCGCAGCCGAACUCUUCGAGGCGACGUGCCGACAGCGGUCCAACGCGCUCCACGAGCAGUUGGUGCUCGCGACGAAGGCCGCAUGGGCCCCGGUCGCUCGCAAUGCCAUGUUGGACAACAGAGCGGAACCUGAGAAGACCGAGGCAUGGGCGUACGAUGCGUGGCAGCAUCUCCGCGGUGUGUGGGAUGCAUAUGCAUCUUGCGAACAUCUCAAGACGUGGUUCGUCAAGUUCGACCCGGGCUGCGACAAGUUCGAGCUCUUCGACAAGUGCGUCGCCUUCUGCAGGGAUGUGCUGGACGCGUUCGAUGUCCUGAGUUCGGAUAGCAUCGCUGCUGACUCUGCGGUCGCCCUGCGCGGGAAGAUCGAAUCGAUUCGGGCGUUGGCAAUGGAGGUCAAGUCCGAGGUGACAAGCAUCGCCAUGGACAUCGACGACUUCAUAUCGGCGUCACCGAUCUUCAACGAUUCCGUCGUCGGGGGCGCGGUGAUGUCCGCGAUGGCUGACAAGCCGAUGCGGGCGUUCUGCCAAGAGGUGGAGACGAAGUUCAAGGCGGCAAUCGAACCCAUGUCGUCUGCGGUUGUCGACGUCAAGGUGGGCAUGGGCAUGGGUGCGACCGAUCUGGCGCAGGUGUCUGGGUUUCGGAUUGCCAGCGAUGAACACAUUGCAACGAUGGUUGCCUUCUCGGACGAAGUAAAAGAUGCCACCUUGAAGAGUGAGAUCUCCUACCUCUGUGCCUGGUCAAGCCUGCGUCGCGCCGCGGCGUUGGCCAUCACUUACGUCAAUGCGGGGAAUGUGGAUCAGGGCAGCUUUGAUGUGCUGGCACGUCUUCACUCCGAACUGGGUGCCCCCAAACAAUUCAUCGACGACGGCCGCGCGAAGGAUUUGUUUGUACAGGCUCCUGGCCGGGUCGCCACGCCCUUCAAGCUCGAAGCCUUCAAGAUGCCAGAGGCCGCCGAGUCCGUCGUCGAGGACUGCACGGCCGUUAUCUUCGACUCGGGCCGCCGAUUUCUGGCCGUCCUGAACUCGGAGACCACAGGGCUGACGCAGGAGAUCGGCGAGGAUUGGCGCGAUCAGCGCGGCAGUCUUGCCACUAACAGCCGCUUGAUUUCACAGAUGUGCAAGAACCCCUCGAUCAAGACGAUGGGCAGCAGAGCGGCCCAACUGGCCGAUAUGGCCAAAAUGCUGCGGCAGCUCAACGGGCGGCUGUCGUCAUUGGGUGCUAUCGUGCCCGAGGAGUCCUUGCGCGUCGCGACCCAGACCGCUACAUGGGGCAUCCACACGGUCGUCAUGAGGAGCGCCCUGUUCGGCGUGCGCGUGGACAUUCGCAGGCUCACGAAGGAAAAGCAGCCCGCUGCCGCCCAGAAGCUGCUGGACCUCCUUCGCGAGAUGAAGGUUGACCCUGGUGCCGACGUGCUUGCUGCCUUGGUGGCUUUUGGCGGCACCUCGGCCGCCCUGCAGAAGACGCUGGCGGCCGGGGCAGGCGACGCGCCGCCGGCGGAGGCGCCUGCUGCGCCGGCCGCCGCUGCGCUGGAGCCGGCGCCCAACGCGGCUGAGGCAGCUGCUGCCGCUGCGCCGGAGCCCGUUGCCGCAGCCGCGGAGGCCCCGCCGCCGGGCUUCGAGGGCGCUGAGCUGAAGAAGCCCACGGCGAAGACCAAGGCGAAGACCAAGCGGAAGGCGAAGAAGCCGACCGCGAAGGCUGCCGAGGAGGCGGGGGAUGAGGCCGCCGACGCUGCUGCAUCGGACUCUGGCAGCAGUUCCAGCGACAGCUCCGACUCGGACUAG